AUGGAGUUCCAAGAAAUCAUAGAAGUGGAUGGAAGUCAACGAACCGACGAUGUGAAAUGUGAUGGGACUUUCGAAUCGUUGAUGAUUUCACCUUCGACGAUCGCAAACCUCAAAAGCAAUGGCUAUCGCGUCCCUUCCCCUAUACAGAUGAAAGCCAUUCCAACAGGGCUUGCUGGCAUAGAUAUGCUGGUACAAGCGAAAUCUGGUACGGGAAAAACUCUUGUUUUCGCCAUACUUGCUGUUGAGAACCUGAAUUUACAGUCGGAUGUUGUGCAAAAAAUGAUAAUCGCUCCUACGAGGGAAAUCGCCACUCAGAUUAAGGACGUAAUCACGAAGAUUGCACAUUUCAAGACGAGGAUCGCUGUUCUUGUUGGCGGCAAUCCCGUUCACCUUGAUGUGCAGGCUUUGAAGCGAGGGGUGCAUAUAGUUGUUGGGACCACUGGAAGAAUAUGCCAGAUGGUACAGAACGGGAACCUCAACAUGGAAAACAUCGAUCUUUUCAUCCUUGAUGAGGCCGACAAGCUCAUGGAAGAAUGUUUUCAAAAGGAUAUUAACUAUCUGUUCUCUACUUUACCUCCGUCGCGUCAAGUCGCGGUAUUUUCAGCUACUUACCCAAGAAAUUUGGAUCAGUUACUGUGCAAAUUUAUGCGUGAAGCAUCUCUAGUGCGAUUAAACUCGGAUGAUGUGCAACUAAUCGGCAUCAAACAGUACGUUGCAAUAUGUGAUGGAAUGGUGCUCGACUGUCUCGUUCGUCUGCUCAACACCGUGCAAUUUUCUCAAGCCCUGGUUUUUUGUAACUUACACCAACAGUAAGU